UCUCCCGCAUUGGGAAUGGGUGACGGUGUCUAGGAGCUUCAGCAAAAUAUAAAAUAUAAUUAUAAAAUAGAAGCAACUAUCCUAUAGGCUACAGCAUUCACGACACGACUCUCCAUGAAUGGAUUACUUUCAGAAACAGUGGUGUAAUGCAUCUUAAUCUCGGGUGGCAUCUCCUCCGGUGAUAAGGAUUUUGAGUUUUCUAAAGGCAUGUUUGUUUAGGAGGUUUUGGCUUAUUUAUCCUCAAAGCACUGAGAGAAGGCACAGAUGAGAAGAGAAAAAAAGAAAACUCUACUGAGUUUGUGUGUGGUGGAACAUUGAUGGAAAUCCGUUAUAUCCAUUUAAUGAACUAGGACGCGCAUGCGCUCUAUGGUCCAAYGGAAUGGUCCGUAUUGAUGUAUUAAGUUUAGUGAUGGCUACCGUUCUCUUCCUCACUUAGUAACUUGUCAACAAACAAAAAAUACAUUGGCGAUUUCUGCGCUACAACUGGGACGGAUAUCUUAUUUAAGCACACACCACCUCUCCAAUCCAAAUGUCAAAGUGGGAUACUAAUGCAGCACUUGCUCUUUUGCUGUAAGUGAAAAUAAUUUGCGUAAAUAACAGCUCGAGCUAUAGAACAUGGGGAUUUCUCCGGCGGCUCUGCUCUAUGUCAUAGCGACCAUCCACCUCGGUGUUUCUCAGCAUUUUUUGCGUCUGCGCCCUUCGCCCAGCGAGCAUCUCCCAGUGCCCGGUCUUAAAGAGGACCCUGACCCAAAAUACGACCCGGGGAAACAGGACCUGGCCGAACGGACACUGAAGAGGAAACUCGGAAGAAACUUUGACCCCGUCUUCAUGUCAAUCAACAGCCCCCCUGUUGUGGAGAACCGGACUGCCCUUGAAGCACAGUCCAGACUGAUGGGACCUAUUCCCAACUUGCUGAAACAGCUGGACCYGGUGACAGUGGGCAAGAAAGCCCGUCGGAAGUUUGCACAGUGGUUGUGGGCAUACACGCACUGCCCCGUGGGCUAUGUAUGGAAGGACUUGGGCGUGAGGUUCUGGCCGCGUUACGUCAAGGAGGGACAGUGUCUGAAUGAGCGCUCUUGUUCGUUCCCGGCGGGGAUGUUUUGCAUGCCCGACAAGUCAGUCACCAAGACAUUCCUCCGCUGGUACUGCCAGGGCUUUCUCAAAAAGAAAUACUGCAUGUGGAUACAGGUCCAAUACCCCAUCAUAUCCGAAUGCAAGUGUUCCUGUGUAGAAUAGGCCUAUCUAACUCGGGGUAAAAGUAUUUCCAUUCAACUUUAAUUAAACCCUCAUCAUACAAAAUCGGAUUUUGUUAAUUAAAAAGCUGAUAAAUUAACAUAUUGUUUCAGAUGUAAACAUUUAGCUACAAUAGCUUACAUCAAGCGUAAAGGGGCAAUUUCAAUUGGAAUUGGAAAAUGGAACAUGUACAUGAACGCAUGAACGUCUUCACAAAGUUGUCUUGACAAAGUUUGUGCGUUUUUUUGUUUUUUUAUGUCUGGCACGGGAUGGAGAGUGUAUCACGGUAUAGGCUACUGUUAACAGUUUUUAUUUAUUACCACAGCCAUUGUUAGUAUAAAACUAUGAUUAUGUAUAGAUGUUUAUAUGAGUGUUUCUCUGAAGGCUAA